CCGACACGCGCCCGGCAGGCACCGAGCCGCUGUGUAACGACGAGCGAGAAUGGUGGCCACGAAGCCGCGGGUCGCCGUAGUCGGCGCAGGCGUGGCCGGGCUCACAGCGGCGCACCGGCUCUGCGCCGCAGGCGGCGAGAGGUUCGAGGUGACGGUCGUAGAGGCCGGCGCCCGCGCGGGCGGGCGGGUGCUCACGUCCGAGUUCGCCGGCCACCGCGUCGAGAUGGGCGCCACGUGGGUGCAGGGGGUCGAUGGGAGCCCCGUGUACGCGCUCGCGCGCGACGCCGGCGCGCUCGCCUGCGGCAAGGACCUUCCCCCGUACGAGCGCAUGGACGGGUUCCCCGGCCGCGUGCUCACGGUCGCCGAGGGCGGCGAGGAGGUCGACGCCGACCGGGUGGCCAGUCCGAUCGAGGAGCUGUACAGGGGCAUGAUGGAGGCCGCGCGCGCCGGCGAGGCCGGCGGCGGAGGUGGCGUCGAGGAGUACCUGAGUCGCGGCCUCCGAGCGUUCCAGGCGGCGCGACCGGGCGGCGGCAAGGAGCUGGAGGAGGUCGAGGACGCGCUGCUCGCCAUGCACAUCAACCGGGAGAGGGCGGACACCUCCGCCGACGACCUCGGCGACCUCGACCUCGCCACCGAGGGCGAGUACCGCGACUUCCCCGGCGAGCACGUCACGAUCCCUGCCGGGUACUCCCGCGUCGUGGACCACCUCGUCGCGGCGCUCCCGCCGGAUACCGUUCGCCUCGGCCUCCGCCUCCGCCGCCUCGACUGGAGCGAGACCCCCCUGCGACUUCACUUCGACGAUGGCGCGACGGCGAUCUCCGCCGACCACGUCAUCCUCACGGUGUCGCUGGGCGUCCUCAAGGCGAGCCUUGGUAAGGACGCCCACGCCGCGGGCGGCAUCGCCUUCGACCCACCGCUCCCGCAGUUCAAGCGCGAGGCCGUCGCGAGGCUCGGCUUCGGCGUCGUGAACAAGAUGUUCAUGGAGCUGGAGGCCGUGCCAGCGGCGAGACCGGAAGGCGACCGAGGUGGCGGCGGCGAGCACCCGCUAGCCGCGUCUGCGCCACCGGAGUUCCCGUUCCUACACAUGGCUUUCCGGGGGCACGUGUCGGAGAUCCCGUGGUGGAUGCGUGGCACCGAGUCGAUCUGCCCCGUCCACGCGGGCUCCAGCGUGGCGCUGGCGUGGUUCGCCGGGCGGGAGGCCGAGCACCUCGAGUCUCUCCCCGACGACGAGGUCAUCCGCGGGGUACACUCCACGCUGGACUCCUUCCUCCCGGCCCCGUCACGGUGGAGGGUGAAGCGGAUCAAGAGGAGCGGGUGGGCCACGGACCAGCUCUUCCUGGGAUCCUACACCUACGUGCCCGUCGGGUCCAGCGGCGAGGACCUCGACCGGAUGGCCGAGCCGCUGCCACGCCGGUUGGACGCCGACGUCGACGUUGCCCGCGCGCCGCCGCCCCGCGUUCUGUUCGCCGGCGAGGCGACGCACCGGACGCACUACUCGACGACGCACGCCGCGUACCUGAGCGGUGUGAGGGAGGCCGAGCGGUUGCUGCAGCACUACGCUUAGGUUGCAGACUUGCAGUUGCAGGUGCGUUCGUAAUUGCACCGACGAGUCGAGGUGACGCGUCAGCGUCAUAUCCUAGGGGAUUUUGCCCUGUGUUCUUGCUGUGUGCUAGACUGCUAAGGUAUAUGGAUUUGG